AUGCUUGAUUGUAUGUCAUAUAAAUGUAUUUGAGAGGAAUUCUGAAUUGCAUCUCCUGUUGUGUCUGAUCCAUUUCUGUUUGUGACUUGAGAGUUACUAUGUAAAUGCACUUGAGAGGUGUUUUCAUUUGUGUGGGGGUCUCCUGUGUGCUGUGAGUGUGUGUGUGAGAGAGAGUAUGAAGGCUUAUCAGCUCACAGCAGCUUUCUGUCAGGGCUUCUUGGCCACGUGGCUAUCAGAAAGAACACACCAGUCACCACAGGAAACUCACCAGUGUCUUUUCCUUUAGUCUGUUGUCAUUGUGAGGGAUUGUUCUGAACCACUUUGACAUUCGCUUUAAUUGUAUGUCUGUGUUUUUGUUCUGAAGCUGCUUUUUGGGCAUCACCUUCAAAAGCAAAUGGACUGUUCUGGUGGAAAAGAUAUUGAAGCAAACCCAACAGGUAGUGAGAAGAUGGAACUUCCUGUUCUGACUCAACCUGGCCUCGGAGUGACCACGACAACAGUGACCACUAUCACUCAAACAGGAGGAGACUGGAGCACUGGACUGUUUGACGUGUGUGGUGACACCAGCACAUGUCUGAUGGGUGCGUUUGUGCCGUGCUGUUUGGACCUGAGUCUGGCUCAUCAGUAUGGGGAGUGCAUGUGUCUGCCUCUGCUGCCUGGCUCCACGUUCGCCAUGAGGGUGGGCAUCCGAGAGCGCUUCAAAAUCAGGGGCAGUGUGUGUGAGGACUGGACUACGGUGUAUUGCUGCUACCCUCUGGCCCUCUGUCAGAUGAUCAGAGAGAUGAAGAAGAGGCUGAAGACACAGAUCUACACCGUCUCUACCGCGCUGGAGAGCUCCUGAGACACUGUGUGUGUGUGUGUGUGUGCACAGCUCAGAUUUUCUUCCCAUCCAUGUUUUUUGGUUAUUCUAAAAGACCGAAGGGCCGUCUCAGCUGUCAGGAUGUUUAUUACGCUGGGUCCUGAACUUCACGCAGGGUUAGACAUAUCAGUAACUCUCUGCUUGAAGAUUGAUGCCGCUGACAUUUCAGACUGACGGAGAGAUGGAGUGACAGAUGGGUGGAGAGACGGAUGAGUGGAGAAGAGGUUUCUGAUGGCUUCUGGGACUGUGUAUGCUUUGAUUUCAGAUUGCUCUCUCACGGUACAUAUACAUUAGGUUUUGCUACAUGAAUUCAGCCUGGAUUGUGGCACUUUUUUUAAUUGUAUUUCAAAGUCGGUCCAAAACUGAUGUGACAUCUCAUCUCUCAUUUUAUCUAAAAUAAAGUGUGUUAUAAGAAUAAUAAAUACUUAAUAUGCAAUGCAAUAAAAAUUAUCAACAUGGGAUAAACGAUAAAGAAAUGAUGCAUGCUGCCAUUACAUUUGACAUUUUAGAAUUAUAUUAAAGAUUGGGAUUUGUA